AUGGACGCCAUCGCCGCUAUGCCUCAGCCUACCGGUUUCGACGGUCAAGCCUUGUCUGCUCGUGCUGGUGGGCUCGCGUCGCGCCGCGGAGGCCAGGGAGUAAAGCCCCUGACUUUCGACCAGAACCUUGCCCCCGGAGCUGUCGAGCCCGCUGCACCUACUCCUCGCACCACGGCGCGUGCUCACCUUCUCGCUGGUCUGCGAACUGCGCCUAAGAGUGCCACCGCUGCGACUUUCGCCCAAUCCGGUACUGUCAAUGCUGGCCCCAUUGGGCAAAACAGAAACUCUCUUCUUGGACAUGAGUCUCUGUACAAUGGUCCCAAGACGUCUGUUCCCUGCUUUGCCCAGCAGCAGGGACAGAAGACUACUCUUGACUUCGCUGAGCUUCAGCAGCAGCGUCUCCAAGAGCAGCAACAGCAGCAGCAACAGCAGCAGCGCCUUCAGGAGCAGCAGCUUUAUCUUCAGCGCCAGCAGGAGGAGCAGCUCCUUCAGCAACAGCAGCAGCAGCAGCAACAGCGUGCUGCCGAGCAGCGACGCCUCCAGCAGCAGCAACUUUACACCGCUGACCAAAUUCUUGCUCCUCCCGAGAUCCGCAUUGAGGAGCAGAGUCCCGAGCACAUGGACCCGGCCGUGUAUGCCAACUUGGUCUCCACCAACCUGUACCUCGCUCAGCAGCAGCAGCGUCUCCAGCAGCAGCUGAUGACUCUUCAGGCCGCCCAGCAGCAAUUCCAGACUAUGAACAUCAGCGGUGGCCAAAGCUACCAUGCUGCUUACCAGCAGCAGCAACUGCAACAGCAACAGGCACAGUUGAUGCAGCAGCAGGCCAUGAUUAAUGGUAUCCAGACGGCCCAGGGAACCAUUUACGCCAUGUACGACCCCGUGACUGGCCAGCCUUCCUACUACCUCAACCAGUCGCCUCAGGUCCAGAAUCAGUACGGUGAGCAGUAUGGAUAUCAGGCCACCCCCCGUGUCCAGGUCUCGCCUCCUCCGGCCGAGUCGCACAUGAACGGCUACCGCAACUCGUCCCCUCCCCGCCGAUUCCAGUCCCCUGGCGGUGAGGACCACACUCCUCUUCCGCCUCCCAGCGCCAACGCCUUCCGUCGCGGCCACAAGAAGUCGACAUCCGUGUCUAACGGUCAGGGUGGACUUUCCGUAGCCGUCAACGAGUCCAGCCCCAAGUCGGCUGGGCCCAAGACGGCCAACUUCCCACUCACCCCAGGCGGCUAUGGGCCUGGUCAGGCACGUGCGGGCGAGCACCCAAUCCGCCAGCCCAACGGACCUCCCUCGUUCGAUGAGCUCCGCACGAAGCCGACUUCGAAGCACGAGGGCAGCAAGAACUUUGCGGGCCGAGCCAGACGCUCGGCGCUCAGCAACCUGGUCCGUGCUGGCAUUACGCGCACCCAGGCCAGGAGCCCUGGCUCAUCCGGCAGCAUUAGCCCGAUUUCGGAGUCGGCCGAGGAGAUGCCGACGCCCCUUACCGAGGACGAUGACUCUGUUUCGGGUUCGGGUAGUCUUAACGGAGACGACGACGUCGACUGCCACCCACCCAGCUCGCGAACCUCGACCGGCAGCUGGGGCGCCAUCGGCAGCAACAGGCCGGCAUCCAAGGCCGCAGACACAGUUAGCAUUGCUAGCGACUCGGACAGCGUCAGUGGAGGAGGAUCAUUUGCGAGCAUGUUCAAGGUGGCUGGGAAGCAGGCUGGUCUGGAGGGGACUGCGCCUCGCAAAACACCCAUGUUGGUCCUGAACCGCGCUGGUGCUGUGGCCAGGUAA